AUGGAGUCUCCCAAAAUCCCCUCGAACUCUUCUCAUAAGCUCCCUCUUCGACCUCUUGAACAACACAACGACCCAGUAACUGAGCAGCUCAACACGGGCACUUCUUCAGAACAUCAGACGAGCAAGACAAUUGAAAUGACUCAACCCCGGUCAGAAGUAAAUGGUAGUCAACGGGAACCAGAGUCCAUCCCUGUUGAUAUGGUGGAGUCAAAGAAGAAGAAGAAGAAGACCUCCAGAUCGAAAAUCAAACGCGGCAAAAACAAGCCGACAGGGUUUGAAGAGUACUGCGUGGACGCCCCUAUAACACCCCAGGAGUAUGCAGAGGGACGAGAGAUAUAUGAUGUCUCGCGGCCUAUUAUUCAUCGAAUGGAAGAUGCGAUUCUACGCUUCCAGAAGAAGCGGCGUAUUGAAAAUGACAGACGCGAAAUCUUCCUAAAGUACCUGCAAUAUGGAGGCGUCGAUAUCAGUCCGAAAAUGUUCACGGGUACAGACCAACGUGAUCUCAAGGAGAUGGACAGUGAGGAGAUCCUCCUGGCAAGGGCCCAGACAAGCAUCGCACAGGAGCAAUUAAACUUGCAUAUUGACUUCAAUGCUGUGGUCAAGGGGUACCUGACCUCCUACUUCCCGUACUACUUCAACCCCGAAACCGAGGACAUGGUCAAGCUUGGCACUGUCACGAUUUGGAACUUCCUCACGUACAUCCUCUACCACGACGUCGUCCCAGAAUACAAAGCGAACAUCGAGGAAGCCAGGAAAUCCUGCGACAUUGCCGGCAAAGAGCUCUGGAAAAACCAGCAGUUCACAGUCAAAGGACCCGGAGACUUCAAUACCGCUUGCUCUACGCUCUUCGGGGGCGUCUUUUUUGACCUCUACAUCGAAGACAACCAGUGGUGCAACAGCAAGAACGAUACAGUGCGUAUGACCAACGAGAUCGCCCGCAAGGUUGUCAAGUUCGCGCUGGCAGGCGCCGGGUUCGAUAGACAGGCCGUCCGAUUCCAAGAGCUUGCAAACCAAAACGCACUGCGGGCGAUGCGAGUCGAAGACAUCGAUGGCUUUGAAGUCACCGCUAUCAUCUUCGCAGACGACGAGACUAAGGAGUUUUACAUGUCCCACGCUCCAGAUCUCCACCCUGUAGGACGAAUGCUGGCAAAGGCCUACCGCGACCCCGGCAAGCCCAACAUUGACCUCAGCCCUGAGGAGAGACUUCAAUGGGAAGAAGGCGGUGCACCAGAAUAUGAGUUUGACUUCUUCCUUGAGGAGAGUCUGCUGAAGCUGUGCUACCCUGGCAUGAAGGUCAUAACAUCGGUUUGGGAACUUAACUGUGGAUUUCACUACUUUGACGAGGUGUUCACAGCCUACUGUUCUAUUUACACGGUUCUGGCCAAUGAUUUAAUGAUAGGUUGGAAGAAACCGAAGGAUUUGCGGACGGAAGAUGAUUGUGAGGCUGAUGAGACUGAUGAUGAGGAAGGCAAGGAUUCAAAGGAAAAGCAGAGGGUGACCAGGCUGUUGAGCUAG